UGGUUCUUUCUUUCUCAUUUUUCGCCGGUAACCUUUGUGUAACAUUGCGAAAAUUUUUUUAGGCAGUCGUCCAGAGGUCCAGCGAGCGCAGUAGCAAAUUGGCGGGUCAGUAGAUUAGGUAGAAAUAUAACAAAGAUAUUUUUAAUAAAGUUACACUGACGAGUUUGGAAUUGUGUAUACUGGAAGUCAGGUAAGCGCAGCAGCCAGACAAGCCCAGGAAGAGACGGAUGCUAAGACUUAUGGGCCAUAGGUUACUAAAGUCUAGAAUCAUUAUACACAUAUCCAAAUAGAAUUUAAUUAGGGUCAUAGACAAUACAAUUUAACGGUCUAUAUUAAUAUUAAUAUUUAAUAUUAAUUUCUUUCUUUCUUUCAUUAACUCACUUAUUCAUUCUUUUUAGUCUUUUUAUUAAUCAAUAGCUUAGCUCAUGUCGGGACUGUUUUGGAAAUUCAGCAACGGGUUCACGUCGUUAUCCAACAUCUCCACCAUCUUAGAAAACCACACUAUUAAUCAAGAACUGGGAGAUUUACUGUAUUCAAGCUCAUUUGAUGUAUUAUUAAAACUUUUGGAUGAAAAUGAUUUAUUACAAGAGUUAAUAUCAAACAAUCCCAUGUUAUUAGAAUUCUUACGAGAGCAAGAGGUGUUGGGGAUGUUGACCGACUUGGUCGUAUCUGAGGGUGACAAGACACCGACAGAAAGCAAAGAUGAAGAAAUUAAAGAUGUUGAAGAUAAAGAUGAAGAUAAAGAUAAACAUAAAGAUAAAGUUGGAGCAGAAGAUGAAGACGAAGACGAAGAAGAAGAAGAUGAAGACGAUGAUGACAAAGAUAGAUCAUUAGAGAUUGAUGAUGAUGCAGCUGAUAUUACUAGUGACAAUGAUGAAAGCCCUGAAGAAAGAGCCACAAGACGAGCAGCCAUCGCUACGGAAAUUUUAAGUGCUGAUGUAUGGUCAUUAACUGAUACUGUUAUGGAAUCUACACUUGAUCUUAAUAAAUUAUGGUCAAUUCUUGAAACCAAAAGUCCAUUAUCAAUUAAUUUAUCAUCAUAUUUCACUAAGAUUAUGGAACAUUUAUUAGAUAUGAAAUGUGAUGAAAUGAUUACUUAUUUAAUUGAAAAUCAAUUAAAUUUAGUUGAUAAAUUCAUGAAUCAUUUAUCUAAUCCACCAUUAAUGGACUUUUUAUUAAAAUUAAUUUCUACUGAUAAACCAGAGAAUUCAACGGGGAUAAUAGACUUUUUACAAACUCAGAAUUUAAUAACUCAUUUAAUUAAUGCUUUAGAUAUUACUGAAGGUAUUUCUAAAUUAGAAUCAGAAGAUGAAUUAUUAAUACGACAAUCAUCUGCUGCCGAUUUUUUAAAGGCAUUAAUUACUAUAUCUGCUAAUUCAACUACUGAUAAUUCAACCAUUGGACCAAAUGAAUUAACUAGAGAAUUAGUAUCAUUUGAACAAAUGGAUCGUUUAUGUACAAUUAUGUUAAAGGGAGGUUAUGCAUUAGCUAAUGGAGUGGGAAUUAUUAUAGAAAUUAUUCGUAAGAAUAAUUCAGAUUAUGAUAUUUUACCAGUAUUAUAUAUUACAUUAGAAAGUCAUCCUCCAACUGGUAGAGAUCCAAUUUAUUUGGGACAUUUAUUAAAAGUAUUUGGUAGUAAAAUUGCCGAUUUUAAUCAAUUAUUAAUUCAAGAUAAUUCUGAAAGUAAAUUAAAAACUCCAUUUGGAGAAAUUGAACCUUUAGGAUUUGAAAGAUUUAAAAUUUGUGAAUUAAUUGCUGAAUUAUUACAUUGUUCAAAUAUGGCUUUACUUAAUGAUAAUAAAGGUUUUGAUGUAGUUAAAGAACGUGAUGAAUUAAGGACCAAAAUGAAAGAGUAUGAUCCAAUUAGUUUCAAAUAUAAUGAAAUAAUAGUUCUUCCCGAAGAAAAUGACAAUGAUGACAAUGAUAAUGAUCAAGAUGCUGAUCUAACUACUGAUAGUAUUACAUCUACUAUCACUAAUACUACUUCCACCAAUACUGCAACCACCACCAAUACUAAUAAUGAUUACGCUAAUGACACUAUAGAUUCAUUUAAUAACUCAAAGUUACAUAUAGGAGAUUCCAUGAAUGAAGAUGAUGAAGAUGAAGAAGAACCUCAUGCUAAUGCCAAUUUAACUGAAGAACAAAUUAGAGCUAAUCCAGUAGUAGGAGAUUACUUAAAGAUUGCUUUAUUUGAUACUCAAAUUAUAUCUAAUAUUUUAUCAAUGUUUUUUAAAUUUCCAUGGAAUAAUUUCUUACAUAAUGUUGUAUUUGAUAUUGUUCAACAAAUUCUUAAUGGAUCAAUGGAUAUUGGAUUUAAUAAAUUUUUAGCAAUUGAUUUAUUUCAUUUAGGUGAUAUAACCAAUAAGAUAAUUGAAGGACAAAAAUUAUGUACCGAUUAUGAAAAUUCUAAUAAUGGUUUAAGAUUAGGAUUUAUGGGACAUUUAACUUUAAUAGCAGAAGAAGUUGUUAAAUUUAUUCAAUUAUAUCCAACCAAUUCAUUAAGUGAAUUAAUUGAUUUAAAAGUUGAAGAUGAAGUUUGGGAAGAUUAUGUUAAUAAUGUAUUAUUUGAUACUCGAGAAAAGUAUAAUGCUAUUUUAGGUGGAGGAGAAGAAGAUGAAGAAGAUGAAGAAGAUGAAGAAGGUAAUAAUACAUUUGAUGAUGGUGAUGGAGGUAUAAAUGAAAUUAUUGAAGAAGUUAAAAGUGGUUUAAUCUUUGAUCCUAAUGUUGAUCAUGAUAUAGUGGAUGUUGAUACUAAACAUCGAACUACUGAUAGUGAUGAAUCUGAAUCUGAUGAUGAUGAUCAUUUUACAAAUUAUAUGACACUGCAAUUAACUAAUCCUGCUACCACUAGUGAAAUAACUUCAUCUUCAACUACUAGUACUAGUACUAUUAAUACCAGCACUACCAUUAAAGAAGCAAAUAGAAGUAGUUCAAUUACUGAAGCUGAAUUUGAAGAUGCUGAUGAAUAUGUAGAUCCUAAUGAUGAUGGAAUGUCAUAUAAAAAAUCGCAUCCAUUAUAUGAUUCAUCAGAAUCUAGUUCAAGUUCAGAUGAUGAAGAAGAUGAUGGAGAUGAUUUAGAAGUUGGUAGUGAUACAAAUGGUACCAAAUUAACUCGAGCUGCUAGUAAGGGUUAGGGUUAAAAUAUUCAUUCAUUAAUAUAGUGUAUUUUACAAAAAUAGAAGUAAACUUCUUCAAUGACAUGAU